CUGAGUGAAUCUUAGAAAGUAUCGUUCAGAGACAUUUUUGGGGAGGAAAAGGACGACACCUUAUUGCUUGUGCUUCAAGAGGCUGUACAAGUAGUAGUACGGCCAACCACCAAUGAUUGGGUGGUCCUAGUGAUAUAACAAAUAUAGUGCCAUACCCAACCCCUAAUUAGUGCUGUUGGAGGUGAACGAAAACAGCUCAAUUUCAUGAUGAUUUGUCAAAGGAUUUACGCACUUUGAAAAAAGUCUUCAUCAAUGAACCAGCGACAGAGAAAAGGCUUCACCAAGUCACGCCUUUCAUCAUAAGAUUCAAUUCAUUGGUCUCGGUCAUUGCAAUUCAAAUGGAAACGGAGAAGAACAGACAACAGACCAGUUUCUCCGGGAGUGUGUUCCGGUGUGGAUCUGAGGUACUCUUGUGAUUCCCGUCGAACAUGAGGAUUGCUCCUUCUCGGACAAGUUUUUAAUACCCGACCUUCGACGUGGAGUGGGAACCUCUUGUGACCAAUCGUCGUCCACCUUCACCAUUACUAGUCGCAAGAAUCGAGUCAAGCUCUCAAGUGCCAAAAUGACAGCCGCUGCUCCCACUGGAAGCUCGUCGGCUUCAGCCACUGAAGAUCUCCUUCAGCCCGGGCAUAUUGUCAAAGAAAGAUGGAAGGUCACGAAAAAAAUCGGCGGUGGAGGCUUCGGUGAGAUCUAUGAGGGGACAGAUCUCGUCACCAAGGAACAAGUUGCCCUCAAGCUCGAAUCAGCCAAGCAACCCAAGCAGGUCCUCAAGAUGGAGGUGGCCGUGCUCAAGAAGCUCCAAGGCCGGGAACACGUUUGUCGCUUCAUUGGUUGUGGGCGAAAUGAUCGCUUCAAUUAUGUGGUGAUGCAACUCCAAGGGAAGAACUUGGCCGAACUUCGCCGAGCUCAACCCCGAGGAGCGUUCUCCCUUUCCACCACGCUUCGCCUCGGCUAUCAAAUACUGAAAGGCAUUGAAGCCAUUCAUGACGUGGGCUUUUUGCACCGUGAUAUUAAGCCGUCGAACUUUGCUGUGGGACGACUUGUUCAAACUUUGCGUCACAUUUUCAUGCUUGACUUUGGUCUAGCUCGCCAAUACACCAACGCCCAAGGCGAAGUUCGACCCCCCAGAGGUGCUGCUGGAUUUCGAGGCACUGUACGAUACGCUUCCAUAAAUGCUCAUAGAAAUCGAGAAAUGGGACGACACGACGACCUUUGGUCCCUUUUCUACAUGAUGGUCGAGUUCGUCAAUGGUCAAUUGCCUUGGAGAAAAAUCAAAGAUAAGGAACAAGUUGGGCUUAUGAAGGAAAAAUACGACCACAGACUGCUCCUUAAACACCUUCCGCUUGACUUCUCUCGAUUCCUUGAGCACCUCCAAGCCUUGGAAUAUGCUGAUAAACCCGACUAUGCCAUGCUCUUGGGACUCUUCGAAAGGAGCAUGAAACGCCGAGGUGUGAGAGAGACGGAUCAUUUCGAUUGGGAGAAAACCACACCCACUCCAUCAGCUCCGACUGACAGUGGCAGCACAACACAUGCCGCGCUCGCUUCCCGAAAUCCCGCCAUUAUUGGAUCUGUGCCCUUGGGAGCGACCACGCCAGGAGGUCAAACGGACAACCAAACAAACGUUACCGUGGACAAUCAAGAAAAUCUGGAACCUGAUAAUGUGAAAGAGCUUCGGAUUGCCGAGUACGAGAAGCGGAAAAUGCACCUCAGAGGAGUCACUUCAACCAGUGAUGUUCAAAAUGGGGUUCUCGAUGGAGUUCCAUUUUCACCCAAAGAUAAAGAUCUGGAUCGGAAUAGAAAUCUAUCAGCAGCCCUCCCAAAGAAGGACGAGAGUAAACGGACGAGUCAGGAUCAAGGGGAUGGAAACAACGGAGACAAGCCUGGUGUAGAUAACCAGGCGGAUCAAGGUGUCACCAAAGCGUGGAACGAAGAAAAUAAACGAAGUUCCAAUCGAGAUUCGGGAAUUUUUGCGUUGGACAUCACCAAAACCGAAAAUGAUCAAGAACCUCCAUCUCCCAGCCCUCGCAUUGGACGCGACCUCUGGGUGUCCGAGGCCGGCCAAGAGAGUAGCCAGCCUUUGUCUUUCAACGUGAAAGGUACCUUGGAGAGAAGACGAAGGAUGCAUAUGGCUAGUAGUAAGUCUUCGUCGUUUAAAUUCCGGUGUAGUAUGGGCAGUGGUGGGGGUGGGACUGGAGAGAACUCCAUUACUCAAAUGGCCAUGAUUGACGAUGAUAACGUUUCCGCAGCUUUCACCCAUGGUGGAGGGGCUGGAUUGACCUUGCAUUCUCGAUGGAAAUCUCAAUUUGACGACUCAGAAGGAGAAGGCAGUGAAAACGAAACUGAGAUGAAAGGAGAACAAUUACAGAGUCCUGAACAUAACAAACCUCAGGAUGGCGAGUCGCCUCAUAUUCCAUUGGCGGGAAAGAAGAUGACACCACCCAGGACUUCGCCUCCAAAGUACUCAACGUUGAAAUCCAUCUCAGGAAGCACGAGAGACAGGAGCCAACCAAAAUGCGCCGACUUCAAAAUCCAACCCAACAACAACGAUAAGAACCACGUGGAACACCAUUUGGGGAUAUCAGCGUCAGAUAAGCCUUCCCAAGAUCAAAAGAAGAGUGGCGAGGAUGGUCCACAGACACCCUCUGGGCGAAAAGUCUCACCCCACAUCGGCAAGUGGUCCCCUCAGCCCGGCAGUAAAGGUACCAGUAGUAGUCCAGAGCAACAAUCCAAACAAUUGCACUUAAGCCAGACAUCCUCCAGCAUUCCUCCUCCCCCACAGCUCGCUCCACCCCCACCUCCGGCAGACUUCAUGCCUUUGCAGCACUCAGCUUCUGCACCGUCGGUGCCUAGAUCGUUAACGACUGCCACUGUAUCAGCCACAAUAGUGACGUCCCCGAGACCAAAAUUACAGAUCAAGACCAAUCUCAUCGCAUCUUCCUCGCCACAACCAUCCCCAACUUCAUUAGGGGGCUUCACCCCCCCACCACCGCCUCAAUUUGCACCCCCUCCUCCGCCAUCCACGGCAGCUUUAGGGGUUACUACCUUGGACGCACGACAAGGACCUGUGACGGUUACUUCGACCAUUUCCCCUACGUACGGCUUCCUCUCACGGCACCCAUUACAGCACUCCACCUCAGUUUCCAGUGGGAUGUCUGGUUCGAAACGCCAGCAUUUCCCAGUGCUCUCUCAAAGAACACCUUUGGCUAAAUCUCCUUUGCUUCAGGAGGUGAAAUUGCCCACGGGCAACGAAAGCGGAGGUCUCGCAAGAAACGGAAAUGAAAAGAAUCACCAAGCAAGUAGCCAGCACAAUAACGGCGAUGGUGGUGGUGGAUGUGGAAAUGGAAAUGGCGACGAGGAAGAGGACGACGAAGUAGAGGAAGGCGAGGGGGAAGAAGACGAAGAGGAAGAGGAAGAGGAAGAUGAUGAUGAUGAUGAAGACAAGCAUGAGCCCCCUGAAUAUGUAGCUGCAGUCUGCCAAUACACAACCAUUCUGAAAGACGCACCUCCUGGAUUCAACAAUGACGAAUAUGAGGUGAACUACUUGAAUUUAGAGAAAGGCCCUCGAACUCAGAGUGGAGAUAGAAAUAUUCCGAGGACGUGGUCCAAUCCUCAAAUGUGCAACAACGUGGAAGUAAAUUUGAAGUACCAACAACCUCCUCAACAAACUGGUCACUUCCAAGAAAGUCCCUAUGAAAUGCAUCGUUCAAAAAACGAGGUGAAGGAGCAUCGUGAGGGGGAGUCACAAGUGACCGAGGAGAGGAAGACGCCCAUCGUCCCUCACCAAUCCGGUUCAUUUUCCAGUGACCACUUUCGCUCCCAAAACAUUCCCCAUCAAGUCGAGGUUGGGGACCGCAAACAGGCUACCAAAGACACGGAGGCAAAGUAUAAGGACGAAGUUGAAGGUGAAGAAGAAGAGGAAGAGGAAGAGGAGGAAGGCAAUGAGGAAGAAGGCGAAGAAGAGGAAGAGGAAGAAGAGGGGGAAGAGGAAGAAGAAGAAGAAGAAGAAGAAGAGGAGAACGAAGGCCAUGCACCUGAACCAAGAGGAAUCACUGGUACUUUCACGUUUAAAGUUGGACCACCUCAGCGAAAGAUCUUCCAGACGGAGAUAGAUGAUGAUGGCGAUGAUCAAGACGGGAGCCAUGUGGAUGAAACUGGUGAUAUUCCGCCUGUGCCUCCACCAAGAAGUAAGAGCAAAGAGGGUAGUUUGAACUAUGAAUCUAAUUCGUGUCAUCAACAAGCCAUUAAGAGCCCUUCAAGAAGUCCAGUUCUAGAACGAUCCGUCUACUACGAUGCUGUGAGCUCUGGCGAACCUGAAAGGAGUGGGAGAAACAUUGAUUCCGUACCAGGGUUGCGAUCUUCUGGGCGUUCCAAAGGGAGUUUGCGCACUGAUAGCAAGUCCAGCGAUGCCAAGGAUAUCAACCGCAGUGGAGAGAGCAGCGCCGCAGAUUCGUGCUCCAGAUCCGGAUCGGAGCACAGAACCAAGCGGAACUCUCGUGGAGGCACCCGAAAUAGUGCCACGCCCGAGGACCAUUCCUCGCGAAGUAAAGAGGGAAAAUCCAGCUCAGUUAGAAGGAUUAGUCUCGAUGACCUCUCUUCUGCCUUUCAGGCUUUGGUGGCGUCCUCAAAGAAAACCUAUGGUGCCAGUAAAGCGAAAAAGAAGGGGCUUCUCAGUGGUGGACAUAUGAAAUUGUUUGCGUCGGAACAACAAAAUUGCUACAGCGAUAAUGAUGAUAAGUCGAGUCAUCGAUCGGCCAACGACAAAUUCCGCAGUCGGAGCGAAGAAAGUCUUCUUGAUGUGUCAACUGGAAAAUCAGGAUCGUACCCGCCCAACGAUGGUCAGGGUCAGUCUUCCCAUGGUACUGGAGGAGGAGGGGGAGGGGGUGGCGGCUUGGGGAGUCAGGGUAACUCGGAAGCUAGCCAAAAAAUGGGCCGAAGUACCGGCAGCAGCUGCUCUCCUCGGCAGCAACUAAGCCAUCAAAACCGGAUCCCAUCCUCUACUAGUCGAAUCCCAGUGCCAAUGAGGUCGAGCAUUAGUCCAGGUAAUUUCAAGGAUGACUCAACAGAGCGAUACGUACCCUCUGGAGUGGACACUCGAUAUGAUCCCCCCUAUAUGCCCCUCACUGAUCAUUCCUCGUCAUCGUCCACGUACUGGCCCCAACGGUACAUAAGCCCAAGUGCCGCCUCCAAUACCAUUGGUUUGCCCACUGACGGUAGCCAUAGGUAUGGACCAACCACAACUGUCACGGCGUCCAUGUAUGGCGGCGGAGGAGUGGCUAUGCCAGGGCCAAUGUACCGACAUCACACCUCUUCCAUGGAUCCUGUCCCGACCAGUGUUGCUACGUCCGCAGCCUCCUACUAUGGUCAUCCUCAUACAUCACGAUACACGCAUUCCAAGCCGGAGUACUACCAUCACUAUCCCCAGUAUAACCCUCCGACCGACGACCUCAGUCGGGACGGACAUCCUCUUCACAACCAGCCAACACCAACGAGUCCCCGAUGGAGGCGGCGGAGCUAUGACUAUAAUAAUCACGCCUUAGAUUAUGGCACAGAUGAAAUUGAAAGUGGAUACGUGUCCCAACCGGUUGUUCAGAGCUCGGGCAGGCCCUUGUCUGAAAUCGCGACUGGAAACUACGACAGCACCCCACAUGACCACACCGGACAAUCUUCCAUGCAUCACUUUAUGAGUCGUGCUUCUAGUCGUCCUUUGUCGGAUGUUGGUGGCUCUCAAGCCGCCGCUUCAUCGGCCUUGGCGAGGUCACGCUCUCGCUCCCGCGUCACCAUGAGUGAUUAUGAGCCCAACUAUCGAUAUUCCACCACCUCGGUUCCACAGCCAGGAACGACCGCACAUUGGCCCAUGAGUGGUGGCGGCAGCUAUAUGACCGCCGGCGGUGGAGGCAGGCCUAACAUGUCUUCCUAUUCAACGGGAUUGUACCAUGACCCCAUGAGUGGUCGGAAUUCUGAAGUGAUGAAUGCCGAUCUUCGCCUACCUCACCCUCCACCGGCUUACACUAGUCGAGAUCGGGAGGUGGGCGCACGAGUGAGACGAUAUCAGAGAGAGGUGUGAUUUGGUUCUCAUUGAUUGGCCUUGGAGAGGACAUUUGCCUCACCCUCCAAGGGCCUUUCUUUUGUCAUAGACGGUAUACUACGAGGAAGAUAUGUUCUUAUUUGCUCACACCCAUUUGCCCCAUCUAGUCAUGUUGGCUGAAUUAUUUUUAGCAAUCUUGUGUUACUUUGUCUCUCUCGCCACGAUUAAUGGAUGUGAAUACUGAUUCACGAAAUGUGAUAACCAUAUUAUUAGCCUAAUUUCUUCUCUCUCUGUCAUCGACACUCCAAUGCUCAUUGAUAUUCGCAACCCAAAUCAAGUUCCGUUUUCUCCAAAUUUUAGUUUUAAUUUGAACUAUUCGACAAAUCACAAUCCCGACUCAUUUUUCGGGCGUCUGAAAACGUGAAUUGUUUCGUCUUGAUGAACCCAUUGUCAGAACCUUGGUGUUCGCCUGAAUAAAUCUUGAUGCUGGAGCAUGGAUAAUCCCCCAAUGGGACUCCGGUCAAGUUUUUAAAAUAAUGUAGACAAGCAUGUGCCCCUCUCGCUGCUGUUGCUGCUGCUGCUGCUCCUCCUUUCUCUCUCUAUCUCAAACAUAGAUCCACUACUACCGACCUUACCAAGUUUGCUUUGAGUAAGCCAAAUACUUUCUUUUCCACUUUCUCUGACCUUCACUGUAGCUGCUCCAUUUCAACGCCAUCCUUAUCCAACUGGGUUCCGACUUAGUUCUAUGUUUACUUCUUAUGAUUAUGAUUGCUAUUCGAAUGACUUGUGAUUUCAUAAAUUACAAUAAAAAAACCAUUCAGAUUAAAA